AAACUGUCAUUCUGUCAUUGUCAAUGAAUUGGCAUUUGAAACAAACAAUCGAUAAUAAUGAGAAUAUUGCAAAAUAGUAUUGAUUUAGGAAGUGUUUAUUAAUAUAUUUGUAUCAUAACAAUUUAAACUAGAGAACUUUCCUAGUAAGACUAAAAUGGGAAGUCCAGAAAGAGAAUUGUGCCCACCACCAUCUGAAGAAGAUGAAUUAACACUGCCAAGAGCAAGUAUCAAUAAAAUGAUUAAAGAAUUGGUACCUUCUGUGCGUGUAGCCUUCGAAUCACGGGAAUUAAUUCUGAACUGUUGCACAGAAUUCAUACAUUUAUUAAGUUCAGAAGCUAACGAAGUUUGUAAUCAAAGCAACAAAAAGACAAUCAAUGCUGAACAUGUACUCACAGCUCUGGAUAGAUUAGGAUUUAGUGAUUAUACACUUGAAGCUGAAGCAGUUUUAAAAGAUUGCAAAGCUGUUGCUGCGAAAAGGAGACGGCAAAGUACAAGACUGGAAAACCUUGGUAUACCUGAAGAAGAACUGUUAAGACAGCAGCAAGAACUAUUUGCUAAGGCCCGAGAAGAGCAAGCAAAACAAGAGCAGCAACAGUGGUUACUGCUACAGCAACAAGGACUAGUGGGAGCCGAGGGUGCUACUCAGCCAUAUGUGCCUCCUCCCCCAGGACCUAGGCUCGAUGAUGAAGAAGAUGAUGAUUACUCAUAAACACACCUGUAUAUAACCCAACAUUGUCAUGUAAAUGAUAAAUAAACGUUAAGAGAUUCAAUUAUUUGACUGUUGAUUAUAAUGAAAAAUAUUUUCAACUCUUGUGUAUUCAAAAUACAGAUAAUAAAGGAGCAAUGCUAACCUCA